GGACUAAAGCUGGGGGAGGAAGGUGGUUGGCUGGAGGCUAACAGAGGAGACUGGGCAGCCAUCUUGGAUUCCCAGACCCAGACCUGUGCAGCCAAAGGCCUAAGAGACAACGUCACUGAUCAGGCCAGGACCAGAGGCGAUAUAAUGGAGGUCAGUGGAUGGGACAGCAUCCUCAACUCUCAGCGGGGGAACUACACUGUUAACCACAACCAGAAACCGACAGUCGAACACAAAACAACCAAACUUAGUCUCCAUGACAACAGACUGGCUGAGACCAGGGCGAGGCGUAAAUUUGGUCUGCAGGUACGGGGAGGUGUCCGUAUGCGGCUGGAGAGAACAGACACAGACUCGGCUAGCGAUGCUCCAUCCUGCUCCUAUAGUUGUGAUUCAGAGAGACUGAUGGCGCCUCAGGUUAACCCCCUAACAGGUGCUGCCUUCAGCCUGCCUUCUAUAGGAUCUAUCAACUGGAACAUGGACCCUGCGACAACACAGACACUCCCUGGCCUUCAUCCUCCUCACACUCUCCUAAUGUUAAACCAGACCUCAGACAAUGCCAGUGCCUCAUCACUAAAUGGCUACACAAGCCCAUUGACAAAUGAACGUAGUAGAGACGUAAUCUGUAAAGCUGGCAGCGUCAAAGAGAAGCGCUUCCCAUGUUCAUUCUGUGGGAAAGCCUUCAGUUUUCCCAAACAGGUGGAGAUCCACCAGAGGACUCACACAGGGGAGAAACCAUUCAACUGUACACAGUGUUAUAUGCGCUUCGCCCGGGCUGGCCACCUGAAGAGCCAUCAGAGGGUCCACACAGGGGAGAAACCCUUCAGCUGCCCCCAGUGUGAGAAGAGGUUCUCCCACCAGCACCAGCUGAAGAGGCACCUGAAGGUCCACACGGGAGAGAGGCCGUUUGCCUGUACGCACUGCGAGAAGAGGUUCUCAGAGAGGAGCUAUCUCAGGAUACACCAGCAGAAAAUGCACAUGGUCCAUGUAUAGACAUGUAAUUUAGUACUAGUUAGUUUGUUUGUUGUUGGUUUUGGAUGUAGUAGGGAACUGGAUGAGGUGAACUGAGGAAAGAAUGAGUAUGAUGAGGCAGAGUAGAUGAUAUGGUGAUGGUUGAUGUGAUGGUGUCUGUAAAAAUGCUUCACUGAUGUAAAGUGAGCCGUGUCCUGUUUGAUGCUGGUGUUUUAUAAUGAGGAAAUGUUAGUGCCUUAAUUCAUUGACUUAAAAUGAAGUAGUGAAGAUGUGUGUAAUGUUGAACCUUUUCCAAAGUAUUCUAAAAUGUAUUUUAUGGUACCAUAUUUAUAUAAAAGGUAGUGUUACCAUAGUGAUGUUAUUCUACUUGUGAUUGCUAUUUUGUUUAAAUGAACUACUAAAUUGACUCUGACUGACUUGGUUAUUUUGUAUCAUUUUYUAUAUAUAUAUAUAUUUUAGAAUAAACUCCAAUGGCUCCAUAUUGUUAGGUACUUGAAUCAGUUUUCAAGAUGGGCUGUGGUUCACAUUUUAUAAUGUCAUGUUUGUGUGUACAGGAAAGAGUUUAAAUAAAGUUUCCUGCUUUUCAGUACAA